ACGCGGUCCUAAUGGCGAUGGGUUAAUACGCGGCACUUAAGUCGACUUAAAAGCGUUUCCCGCGAGCGACGUCGGCGACACGAUCACUCGGACGGCGCUCCGGAUGUCGGCGAACUUUUGCCGCCGUCCGGCCGUGACGGACCCUGCUGGAAGAUCAGAGUCGACACUGGACAUCAUGAGUUCAUCAGAGCGAGGGCCAGCGGAAGGUUCCUCUGCUGAGCAGCAGAUGAAAGAUUUCCUCCGUCAUCCAUCCUCGGCCCCUCAGAUUUCAGUGACCCUGAGCACCCCGGAUGUCAACAGAAGGCUGCUCUCGUUGCCGGGCAACCGGCCGCAGAUUCCCAUUGAGCGAGCCCGCGUCCAUUCCGUCGAGUCGGCCGAGGAACGGCAGAAGUUGAUGAAUCUGGUCUAUCGCGGCCAGCGAGGGCGCAUGGACGAGCAGUGCUGCGCCUUGGACCCCAGCCGCAGUGCCCCCUGCUCCCCGACGCUCUCUGGCAGGAAGCCCCCGACUGAUGCACCCAACAAAGAUUCUGACACGUUCUUCAAGUUGUUGGCCAACACUCAGUGCCGACGGCUGGACGACCAACGAGCGUCUCUGCCGUCGUUACCCAGAUUAGACACCAAGGAGGCGGAGCCGUCAAUCGGCGACGAUUCCAGCUACUUGUGCUACAUGGUCUCCAAAGUCCAGGGGAGCAGAAUGGAAGAUCAGAGAUGCUCACUACCUCAAAUCCACCGUGCGGAGUCGGCACGGAAGGAAGGCGACGCUUCCGGCCUUCCGCGCUCGGCCUCCUCCGGUCCCGGUUCAGACGGGGAACGGCCCAAGAGCCGAGCUCAGGCAUCCGCGAAAAAGGUGUCGAGUCCAACGGAGCAGAAGCAACUGCUGCCCUCGCCGUCUAACGUGCGGCGAGGUGUCCUCGACGUCAGCCCCCGGGCUACACCCCAGCACAAGCCCGCAGAUUCUGACAAGUUCUUCAACAUGCUGGCCAACUCCCAAGGCAAUCGUCUCGAUGACCAGCGAGUGUCGCUUCCAUCUUUGCCGGGGAUCCAAAAUGGAGGCGCGUCCCGGCCGUCCCAAGCGGACGCGAGCUAUUUGUGUUACAUGGUCUCCAAAGUCCAGGGCUCCAGGCUUGACGAUCAGAGAUGUUCUGCGCCUCACGUCCUCCAAAAUUUGGGCACACCAACGCCCCGGCGCAAAGUCUCGCCCGCUUCCGAGACGCCCGACAAACCUCCCAGGAGGUCCGGCUCCCUGAACCGAGACCGAAGUGACUCUCAACGGCAGAUUUCUCCAUCUGAGCAGGAGCAAUUCCUGAAAAUGAUGACUCACGCUCAGAGAGGACGCAUGGAGGAGCAGCGCUGCACUUUGCAGCAAAGCCGAAGCUCGCCCACGACACCCACGCCGAGCCCAGGUUUCCAAGUCUUUGAUGCAGGUCCAGAAGCGGAGGCGCUCUUCCGCAUGGUCGCCUGCAGUCAGGGCCGCAGGCUGGACGACCAGAGGGUCGCUCUGCCGUCGCUACCGGGGAUAAGCAGGACGACGGAGGGAAAACACAACGGGAAUCGUGCAAAAGCCACAACUCCGGUUAGCGGACCGCAAAUCAGUGUAUCUGAAAGCACACCGCCUGGAAGGCGUAGGGUUGAAGCGCCUGCGUCUCCGGCCCAAACGGCGAGCGCGCCGUCGGGCUGCGGCCUGCCGAAAGCUGCGUCCUUCAACUGCGAGACAGCACACCGGAGGUCGCUCGAUUCCACAGCUCAGGUGACUGUAAAGGUGUCAAUGAGUUUCACGCCGCAGAUGGGCCACAGGAAUUUCAACCAGUUCUGCACUUUCCCGGAGGUCUUCCUCAGUCUUGGCGCUCCGGGAGAAAAUCUCACGAUCCCUCUGAGCCCGAGGCCCGGGAGACCCGUAUCCUUGAACCUGAACCUCCUCCCCAAGGAAGACGGCGACUCCCUGAGCCGCGCCCGCUCCGGGGCGUCGUCGCCCCGGCCCAAAGCGGCCAGGAAAGCAAAUCCGGUUCGUUCCGGGCCUCCGGAACAGGGGCCGUCCGCGGCCGGUCCCGUCAGCCCCCGGGAGGAAGACUGCUUUUCCCUCAUGGAGAAGGUUCACGCUGCCCACCUGCAAAUGGGAGCGACUCAAGGGGGGCAGAAGCAUAAAGGGGACCCAGUUAAAGGGAGGGGGAAUGGAAAAAGGGGCGCCAAGCAAGACAGGAAGGAUGGGGGGAAUCAAAUCUAGGCAGUACAUCAUCGAAAGAAAAUCUUUUAUCGGAUUACAGGAGUUAAUUUUUGUUCUCUCGAGCGCUCGUCGUCAUUGGGUGAGCAGGAGGCCGUCCCGGCUGACUUUGGGCGUCGCGCGUCCCGCCCCGGUCGCCAAAAAGUCGUACACAACUCAAGAUUGUGAAUUCAAAUUUGUCUUUUAAUAAACCUAACAUGCAGGGUUUUUUUUUUUUUUUUUUUUUUUUUUGAAUGUGUAAUAAAGCCAGAGGUGCAUGCAGGCUCCACACAAGAGGGCCUCAGAUUCAAACUCGGAACCUCUCAACUGUGAGGCAGAUGUGCUAAAGACUCCUCUGCUGUUGUUGUACUUUACCUAAAAUCAUCCUAAUUAUAAUCACUUCAUGUCAUUUAGUACUAUUACCUGGAAAAAAACUCCUCUGCAUUAUGAAUUGAUACAAAAUUGAUAUUUUUUUGUUGUUGUUGUGU